ACAACCACCCACCAAGAAACUUCAAAAGCAACCCGUGAAGAGAAUCACAAAAGCCUUUGAAGAUUUACUUGGUCCUCCAACACAACCUCUAAAACACCUUGAGAGGCCGAGUAAGGCAAAAGUUCAUGGUCGUUAUGUCCAACCACACCAAACUUCCUCCAUUAUUGCCUUUUGGAACUUCGUUAGAAGGUGGUCCAAUUCAUCCAUAAUCCAAUUCCAAGUUGAUAAUGAGCUAUUUGGGGUCGCAGAUGACUUUAUUUGGCUUGCUAAGAGUGACAAUCAGAAAUUGUGCACAAUGCAAUACUUGGGAGCCCAACAAAUAGGAGUUUGGUGCAAGUACAUGAAAGAAUGACUGUUGGACAUUGGUGGCCUGAAUCGAGUAUAUGAAUUUUUGAAUCCAGGUGCGAUUGCCACUGAUUCAGGGGCUGAUAGUAAUCGUUGCCAAGCACUAGUCACUCGAAUGACUUGGAUGACUAACUCAGACAAUGGCUUAUUGCCCCAUAUAAUAAUAGGUAUAUGUAGAUGUAAAUGUUGUACAUUAUGUUGCAUGUGAAAAUGUUGUUGAAAUCAAGAAAUUAAAAGUUGAAAUUGAGAGGCUAAAGGCACAAAGAAAUACACAAACAAAAGAGCUUCAAAUGUUAGACGAUGCAUAUAGAGAUGAAGAGAGACAUGAAGACCAAGAACCGACCGAAAAUUAUGAAGACUAAGAACCAAUCGACAAUUAUGAGGAUCAAGAAUCGGUCGGAAAUUAUGAAGACCAAGAACCAACCGACAAUUAUGAGGACCAAGAGCCAACCGAAAAUUAUGAAGACCAAGAACCAACCGAUCGACAAUUAUAAAGACCAAGAACCAACUGAAAAUUAUGAAUACCAAGAACAACCCGAGCAUGAUGAAGACCAAGGACAACCAAUGGACUAUGAAGAUGAAGGUCAAUGUGUAAAAUUAUGUUCGGAUAAUGACAAUGUCAUGGCUGAGGGUGGCAUGAUUGAACCGGUUGAUAUCUUUUCAUAUCAUGGUAUCGUGAUUUCAAAUAAUUAUGCACGGGUUUAAAUCACAAAAAUUAUUCAAGAAGUUGAAAUCCCAUAGGUGUUAUACGCUAUGUUUAUUGGCCUAAGAAAUUGAUUUUGAUCGAAGAGGUAUGCAAUAAUUUAUUUGUAUUUACAUUAAUGUUUUAUCAUAAAUUGUUCAAGGUACAACAUUGCUCCCUCCCCCUUAUUAUUAAGUUCUUAUGCUGGUAGCACAUCAUAGAAGUUCUUUGAAUAAACUGAUGAGCCUUCGAAAUUUUGUUGAUUUCCGCAUUCACCUUUCUACUUGUUUCCUGUGUUUCAAAUAUUACGACAAACUUUUCAUGAAUUUGAAGAAUUGCUUAUUUUAUUGUUUUCUUUAGUAGAAAUUCUAUUAUCAUCUUCUUCUUCUUUUUUUUUUUUUUUUAAAGAAAAAUGGAAAUUUUCAUUAAAUGAAAAUUCUAUUAUCAUUUUUAUGUAUCAAACUAUUCUCAAAUGAUAGUUUUAUAAGGUUUUUUUACAAUUAAUUAUAUUUUCAUUUUUAUUAGGUACAACGAGCAAUCCAAUAAAUCAUCUCAACAAAUUUCGACACUCUCUUGUAUUCAGUGCUUGAUGUUAGUUCUCAUUCAAGUCUAAAAUCACCGAGUACAAGUGUCGAAUCUAAUGGCAUACAAUGUUGAUAUUCGUUAUGAAGUAUGCCUAAAGUUUUACGACCAAGUUAAAUCCCGCAAGUUUCUUAAAGACUCAGAUCGUAAGGUGGUAAGUGGUGAGCAAGUAACUCAGGAAAAUCAGAAAUGAGUCAUUCUCCAACUCUGCUCAAUCCAAGAAAUUUACACACAAGGAAAAAGCUUCAAAGUUCAAAGACUGAUGAUUCAGUCUACCAUAUAAUUAUAAAGACUAAAAUGAAAAUGCUAUUCAUACUGAUUUUCGACUUUUGGAUCGCAAAAGUAGGAACCAGGCUGAACAAUAACGUAAAUUGUUCAAGGUACAAUGAGCAAUCCAAUAAAUCAUCUCAACAAUCGCGUGGUUACAAAGUUUGGGCAGAUUGGAAAAAAGAUUGUCUUAAAAUUGCAGGACGAAUUAUGAAAGAUUUUAAGACAAAUUACAUCCGACGUCAUAAUGCCUUUGGCCAAAGAGAAUAUGGUGAAGGAGCUCGCUAUUCCCCAAAAAACCAUCUUGAAAUUGAUCAACAAGAUUGGGUAAAAUUUGUUGCGAGUCGUCUAACACUUGAGCGUCUGGCUUUGAGAAAGGCACAAUCUGAAGGAGCUCGCCAGAAUACAUUAAGGCACCACGCAAUUCGUAGAGGCAUGGUGACUCUCCGAAAGGAUGUGAGAGCACCAUCUGAAGCAAAAAACACUUCUGCAACAAUAAGAAAAUAUUUGUAUAUACUAUAUUCAUGUGAAGAAUGUGAGAAGUUUAUUGAAUCUUUUUAAGGAUUUAUCUAGACAAGGACUAAUUAGGACGUAACAUGGUUUUAGCACUGGACAAGAUUUAGCUAAUGAAGUUAAUUGAGCUAGUAAUUUUUGUUGAAAUUUCAUUGCUGCAACAUUGUUUGCUGAUAUAAGCAUUUCUGUAAGCCUUUGGUGUAUAUUGAUUGAAAUUUUCUAUACAUGAACAAAAGGAGGCUAUUGAGUUUAUCUUACAUAGUAUUAUUUCACUUAUUUCAGUAUGUUGUAAAACUAGUAAAAUUUACAACCACAAAAGGUUACAUUUGCUGCACUUUAUAUUAUUACCAUAUACUAUGUGUUUUCUUCAAGAUAUCAACCAUUAUUAAUGACAUAUUUGUUGCAGAAAAAAGAAAAUAGAAUUCCAGAUCCACCCUGCCAUCAAGUUUGGUUAAAAUCCUGCUGAACUCAAGGAAAAAGUAAACUCGGGUGAAGUUUUGGCCAGCAGUCGGACGACAUAUUGACUCAAGCAUUA